UCAGUGAAGAUGACGAUAAUUAGGAGACUAUCUCCUAGGUUGUUUGCUGGUUCUAGUGUCUUUGCAGUACUCACUAUAUGCCUCAUUGUUGGUACAGAGAUGGCAGCAGCAUGGAAAAGGGAUAUGUGCAUUCCUGGGGAUAUAUACAUUGACACAACGAAUGAACGUCAUGCCAGGGGAUGCAAAUUUUGUGAGAACUGGUGUAUUGAAGAAUGUUCGGACUUACACCUUCCGGCUGUUUCCUAUGGGUGUCGUGAUGGUGGUGACUUAAGAUGUAGGUGUUGCUGUGGUAAAUCAUCACCACUCUCCUCCCCUCCAUCACCGCCAACCUUUCUUGCACAGCCUCUAUCUGAGUUUGACGGCUCAACAUGGCCACACGAUCAUGAUAUAUGUAAACCAGAGGCACAAGAAAGAAUGCUAAAGAUUAAACACAAAGAUGGAAGGCAUUGCAAUAGAUUUCCUUCAUGCGAGGAAAGUUGCCAGAAAGAGGGGCUUUGGAUGACAAGGGCAGAGUGCGUAGGAGGUGGUUUCGCUUAUCCUAACCCCAACUACCAAUGGUUUGAGCAGUGUUGUUGUGGGAAGUCCAAACCACCACCGCCACCUCCCCCACCGCUUCCACCACCACCACCUCCACCACCACCACCAUCAGCAUUUCAACCUCCUCCGCCUCCACCACCACCAUCACCAUCAUUUCAACCUCCUCCGCCUCCUCCACUUCCAUCUUUUAAAUCGUACAAAGAUAUGACUUUUGCAGAGCUCUACCAAUGUUGUUAUGCAACACAAUCCAAACAUUCGUCCUAACCUCCAUCUCCAACACUGCC